AUGAGUGAUAGAAGAAGACUUUUAGGUUCGGUAAAUACAAUUAUACCGAAUGUGGAUGGAACUGCACAGCCUGCGAAGAUUGAGUCUAAGACAGAGCCUAGAAUCGAUGGCUUAAGACCAUUCUUUUUGAAGACAGGAAUCAUUGAAAAUGCCAAUGGAUCGUCAUAUCUAGAAGUGGGCAAUAACAUAAUCGAAGUGCUGGUAUAUGGUCCACGUCCAAUCAGAGGCUCUUUCAUCGAUAGAGCCUCUUUCUCUGUAGAGUGUAAAUUUUUGCCAUUCAUCUCCCAGCCCAACGAGCAUUUGUACAACAAUACCAGCAUUAGUGCCAGCUCUGCUGCAAACACCACCAACCAGACCAACGUCAACGUCAACGGCCGUACCGGCUUGACCAGCAUUGAACACAAGAUCUCGUCGUAUAUUGAGACGUCUUUGUUGCCUUCUAUAGUGUUAGAAAAGUAUCCCAAGUCCACCAUUGACGUCUUUGUCACUAUAAUUUCAACAGACUCUUCACUAGGAGGGUCAUAUCUGGACACAAAGAUGCUCAGUCUUGUCAACUGGGUGUUGAACGCUUCUUCGGUGGCUUUGGUCGACUCGGGAAUCGAAGUAAAGGACGUUGUAACAAGUGGAGUAGCUCAUUUGCAGAACGAUGUUCUCGUUCUUGACCCUACUGAAAUUCAAGAGAAGGACGAAGGGUCUGUUUCCUGUGUAGCCAGUUUCAUGAACUUACGAAACGACGAAAUAGUAGGGAUUUGGAUAGAAGGUGACCAGACAAACUUGGAGAAUUCGCAGGUGGACCAUUUACUCGAUGGCUGUAACGAUAUGUCCAAGAAGGUAAGAGCCAAUAUCAAUUCCUAUUUCACCACUUCUUAA